AUGCGUGACUUUGUCAUCUUCCUCACCGUUUCCACGGUGCUCUUGCUGGCCGGCGCCGGUCUUGUAGCUGGCAUCCACGACAAUUACGUUGCCAGUCACGCUACUUACACUCAGUCUAUCGCCACACCCCAGACCGACUUCAUAACUCUCACUGGAACCGCUUCCAGGGCCACUCAUUUGAGAUCCUUGUUGCCCCAAGGCACCCUCGUCGUCUCCCCCAUCAAGGACAACGUCAGAGCAGACUCCGUCCCCACGAGUUCGGCGAUCCCUACUACCACUAUUGAUUGCAACCACGAAUGGUGUCAGGAUAGCACCUCUCUUUGUGCCUACUGGGCUGGUAUCACUGGCUGGGAUCCUACUGAAGGCCCGAUUCCUGGCGAGACCGUUACCUCCAUUGGCAAGUGCAGCAUCGUUCCUACCCAGGCUGGAAAUCGAAAGCGCGAUACUAUCAACAAAAUUCUCAUCACCUUGGCGCCUACUCCCUCGGUCAACUGCGAGUACGAGUAUUGUGACAGCAACACCCAGUAUUGCAUGUACUGGGCUGGUGUCACUGGCUACGACCCUUCUCUCGGUCCCAUUCCUGGCAUGACACGUACCUCUCUCGGAGCCUGCCAGGCGCCUCCUACAGCUGUUGACAACGACACUACCGUGCCGACAACUAUGGUGACGAAGACGUGCAAGAGUUCUUACUGA